UACUCCGGCCUCCGGCUGGCCACGUGUACUCCGGCAUCCGCGUACUCCGGCCUCCAGAAAAAGCUGCGUACUCCGGCCUCCCGAGGCCGGAGUACGUACUCCAAGCCCGGAGUACUCCGAUCUAUGCCGUGCUGUUUCUUCUCCGUCAAAUCCGGAGCACCAUUGCCGUGGAGUAAUCAUGGAGUUUGGAAAAUUGGCAUCAAGGAUUUUAAACACGCACAUCGAGGAUUAGAAUUGCAUGAAGAAAGCUUGACCCACUUCGCCACGAUUCGGGUUUGGAAGAACUUUAUCAAAAAUUCCAAGAAUCCUAAAUCUUUGGUUUCAAUUUCCUGAGAAGCUCGUGAUGGAAAUAUUAACCACUGGCGAUUGAUCUUAAGAGUAAUUUUGGAUGCCGUCUUGUUUAUAGCGAAAAAUAUUUUAGCUUCCCAAAGGGGGAGUAUUUUUCCAUUCUUGUUGACAGCACACCCGAUACAUCUCGUCAAAACCAAAUCUCGCAGAUUAUUAGGACAGUAAAAUCCAAUUAGGCUGGCAGCAAAAUUGUCAAAAGUUUCAUUUGUUUCAUCUCAAUGACUGAAAAAACUGGGCAUGGACUCUCCGAGGUACUUCUCAAAAAAUUAUCUAAAGUUGGGCUGGAAUUGAAGAACUUCCGAGGUCAAGGUUACGACCAUGGUGCAAAUAUGGCAGGCGUAUAUUCUGGUGUUCACUAUUUACUGACAAAUGUAAAAUACUUUAUAUAAUAAGUUGAUUGACGGAGCCUUAUGCAAUUUAGGAGUCUAGGCCCGAAUUUUGAACUCAACAGAGAAGAAAAGUUUCCGCUGAACAAAAUAAGAGCGAAAGUUGAGUUAAAAAGAGAAUCUUUAUUUCCUCCUCCAAUUCAUAUUGUUAAGCUGGUCUAGACCAAGAGGAGUUAAUUGUUUUGGACUCGAUUAUUUGAGGUUGGCGAUAAAACGACAAGCGACAUUCGAAAUGGACGAAUUUAAUAUUCAAGAAGUGGUGAACUGGACGUGUUCAACUGACCGUGACUCCAGGCUAAAUUUACUAAAGAUUCUAAUUAGAUGCACCCCCCACGACGAGUUGAAGAUAGUGCAAAGAUUCGUAGAUAAUGCUAAGAAGAGGAAAUCGCCUAAUAAACAUUUAUCCAAAAAGAAACGACAUGCUGUUGGAAAGGAAGUGGUUGGCGUCGUUGCGCAGAUGUCGACUACUGUCGCACAAAUGCCAACGACACCACCACCAACCUCUUGGUGGGAGGAGGUCGGGAUGGAUGGAUUUGUGUCACUGGACUGUGAAAUGGUGACCCUAAAUCAAAAAAAUUCACAUGGAAAAUUCAUCCAAAAAGCUGCCACCGUAGGAAUUGUUGAUUGGAAGAAAGAUACAAUUUUAAAUGAGACGGUGUAUCACAAGGCAGGAAGUUAUAAAGUCAACUCAUACACAAAGAAGAUUAAUGGUUUCGAAGGCUCUGUUUUGGAAAAAGGGAGAGAACUCUCAGCAGUUAAAGAACAAACGGAAUCGAUUAUAGAGGGAAAAGUUGUUGUAACAGCCGGGGGUGCAUCAGAUUUGUUAAGUCUUGGACUGGUACCGUCAGAUUAUGAACUAUUUGAUAUUCAAACGGUGUUUCGAAAAUGGUCAGGGCAAUUUACAAAAGCAGGGGACAAAGUUUACCAGCCGAUAAAUCUAAGAUCGUUGUAUUUCCACUAUUUCGGCGAAGAUAUUCAAUCAGGGAUUCACUCCUCUUUAACAGAUGCUCGUGCCACUAUGAGAUUAUUCCAAGAAAUUUAUCUACCAUUAGCACUAGCAAAAAAUCCAUUUUCUCGGUCAUAUGAAAUUGAGGACGGCGAGUUUGAUAAUAUUAAAAAAAUAUGAAUCGCCUUUCAGAAAUAAAGAAUACAUGAUAAAUGAGUAAUUCAA